AUGUGGCUGCCAUCAUAUUUUGCUAUCAAGUUGUUCAUUUUGGCUUUUAUCGUAUCGUUGGUAGGAGCUACCAAAGAUAAAGCCACCACAUCGCAUCCUUCAAUCAAGCAAGAACCUCAUUCUCCUUCUUCCUCUGAGCCUUCUACUCCUGUUUCUGCGAUUAAGCUACCUUCCACACAUGUUGAAGCUUCUCCAGUCCUGAAGGCAGAAAUCAAGGCAGAGCCUUCUCUUUCUUCGCUCACUGCCAAGUCUGUUCGGAUGGGGCCAAAACUUAGAGCAAUGAAGGUUCCCGGUCGUGGUUAUUAUAGUCGAGCUGAAAGAGAAGCAAGAGAUGCCAUUCGUACGUUGCAUCGCUUGAAGCUAAGCGAUCGAACCACUUCAAGGAAAGGUCAGACCGACAAAAAGAUCAAAAAAGAAGAGCAAUAG